GAAGCACAACAAAAGAAUUUUGCAACACCUGAGAACUUUUUCAGAAUUUUUCAACAAAAAAUAUAGAAAAUAGCAAUAGUUUAACUAAGGAAUUGGCGCACAAUGAGCACGACACGUUUUGCGCGUUCUGGGCGCGUUCGCAUCUGCAUUCUGAUGAGCAUGUUCGUGGUGCUCAUCAUGAUGAUUGUCAUUUACCAAAUGUCUCAACAUCAAUUGGACGAAAGCCGAGCCUUUCAGGAGGGUCUCAACGUUCAGAUGCAAUCCUUAACAGCUGAGAAACUGACGGCCGAGAAGAGGAUGAGUGUGCUGCGCACGGAAAAGGAGAAGUACGAGAACCAACUGGCAGAGUCCAUACAAAAGCAACAGGAGACGGAGCGUGCCCUGCAGGAGAAGUUUGAUGGCCAGCUGGAGAAGUACAAGCUGCUGGAGUUCAAGUAUUCCGAGCUGGAGGGGGAGUGCGUCAAGAGCAAGAAGAAGCACAUCGAAGAUACGAAUGCGUUUGAUCAGAAGCUGCAGAAACUACUGGCGGAUGUGCACAAAGAUAAGGCAUCCAAGGAGCACGAAGUGGCCGCAUGGAAGGAGAAGCAUGAUAAGCUGCAACGCGAAUCGGAGCACAAGAUACAUGCUUUGGAAGCGACUCUGACCGAAUACAAAGGCAACUGCCACUACAUACCAAAGGUACAGCCCGCAGAGGCACCAGCACAAACUGGCGUUCAACAGCAGUUGAACAAGCCCGCGGAAAUGACACCCACAACGCGUCACUCCAGUCCCUCGCAGCAGGCGCACAGCAUUGACAAGCCGCGCAACGAUAAAUCCUUCAACGCGCAAUUGCAAGUGAGUGAAGGCGUCUACAGGAUUGGCGGCGGGAUUGUACCCAAAUCGCUGACUGAAAAGCAGCAGCAAGAGGAGCCGCAGCUAGCCGGCGGGCCCGUUUCGCCGCUGAGUGCACCGCGCAAGAGCAGCACUGCGGGCACAGCCGUCAAGAGUGCUGGCGAUGCUCCGAGUGCUUCAGUUGCUGCCAGACUCAGUAGCAGCAGUAGUGGACUUCCGCCCCUGGCACUGCCACCGGCCAAGCCAGAGCGCAAGCUUCCGGAGAAUGUGGCUCCCAUACCCGACAACUUCGAAGACAACAAAGUAGACGCCAAGGGCGAUGCUGUGGACGUGGACACAGCGGCCGAAGAGCUGCCCAAAAAUGAGAACAACAACCGCUAUGCGAAUGUUGUAAAUGAUCUCGAGACGAACAAGAACUUGGGCGUGGCCCCCAAACCCAAUGAGGACUCGGGUGCGCAUGAAGUCAAGGAUGCCAUGAACGAGCCCAGUUUCAAUUUGCCUGCAGCCGGACAAAAUCUUUUCGACGGGGAGCUGCCAGCGCCUGGUCCUGGCCCGGCAGCCGAUGAUGCUGUCAAGCAAUUGGGCGAAGCAGCCGGCGGUGGUGAGGGUGACGACGACGAUGAUGUGGGCGAUGUGGCUGUAAAGCAGCCGCAGCAUUUGCUCGAUACGGACAAUCUAAAUAACGAGAUAGCGGCCGACCAAGGCAAAGAGUUUGCCGAGGGCAUACAUCUCGAGGAUGCCAUGGAUGAGGAUCAAGAUGAGGAUGACUACUCCAAUGUGGCGCGUAAGAAGGGAGGCGAAGCCAUUAGAAAUUAGGCGUCAGAUUAGGCUUAAAGCGGCAUGUGUGCAAAGGAUUGACAACCUUUUUUUAAGUUAAAGCCGUGCUCGCACAGAGCAGAGCAUUGAACAAAUUUCCAGAACAAACACACAAACAAUUCCCCUUAAAAUCGGAUCAACGAAUACACGGAUUAUGUAUUAUAAUUGAAGACUAGAGUAAAAUGUUGCGAGCAGUGCUAGCACGGCCUAAAGGAUAGAUCUACUUAGUGGAUAAGUAAAGUUCAGUCUCAUCAUUAUCAAUAUUUCUUUUUAAAUGACAAAAACCCAGCCAGAUAUGUAUGGAAAGAUGGAAGAAAACUGGGUUCUGUUCAGCAUGUGUCACAAAGAUAGUUGCAUUCUCUUUUCGUUUUAUCGAUACUUAGAAAUUCUCAACCACAUUUCAUCACAGUUUUAAUCGCGCUUCGGCUUUGCAUUCAAUCAGACAUCUUGUACGUUUUAUACUUUGUUUUCUGUGAUAAAAACGUUUGACACCCACUUGCAUUUGGACAAGGGCAUGCUGCCUGCGUUUUUGUCUCUGCCCCAAAACAUAAUAAACUCGAUUUCGAUAGAGAAUAAAUAUUUAGAAAAAGUAAGAGAAGAGAUUCGCGAGACACGAAACACGAAACACGCCUAGCAUUCGGAACACACUCACAAUCUUUAUUUUUAAUGAUAAUAAAACUAAAUGCAUAAAUGUUAAUUUUUCUUGUAGCUUGCUAAAUGAUGAAAUGAUCUUAAAUGCCAUAAUUAUAUUACGCGGCGCGACAAAACUAAAACUCAAAUACUCGUAUGAACUAGGAAAUAACUCAAAAUCAAUAUAAAUAAUAAAAA